AUGCAACCCUGGAAUCCCUAUAACGGUUACUGGCAGCCAGGUGGUUACGGUACAUACGGGGACCCUAACUAUCCAGCGGCUGCCCAGGAGGCACAAAGUAAUACUUCUGCCACAGUUGCUCCAGAUUCAUCUUGGCAGUAUAACAUAAACACAUCUUGCCGGGAUACCACAGCAUAUAGUCAACCGUAUACAUAUGGGUACGCUUCUCAACGUCCUGGCACGCCAUCCGGUGGGGUUUACUCGGGCUAUGCCCCUCCAGUUUAUCCUAACCCAAAUCCUUACGGGUGGAAUGUAUCCGGUUACGGUUAUCCACAAUAUCAACCAACUGCCAGGGGUGUCCCAGGUCUAAUGUCUCAAAACUGGGGGUACCCAAUGAUCCCGACACCAACUUCAGGAGCACCAGUACAGUCGACGGGUUCCACCGGUGAAAAGCCAUCUGGCGACAUCCCCGAAUCGGUUCCUGAGGAGGUUGCAGAACAACCUCUCCAAACUCCUCCAGAGAGUUUCAAAUCGAAAAGUAUAAAGGAAAAAUGGAGUGAAGACUUGAAUCCGGACGAGUCGUCUCCCCCAAUCAAUGGCAGCAAGAAAAACCGACGACGAAAGCGCGGAGGUCGGGUUAGUAGUGAAGUAACGCGUCUCAGUAUCGAUCCCCAAACAAAGAGAGAGGAUAUUUCAUCUCAAAGAGGACAAGGUCGAGGUGCUAGGCGAGGAAAGGCGAAUGCAAUCAGUAAUGCCACUUCUGGUGCAUCUCGUCUUUCCUAUCGAGCUACUCGUUUCAAAGAUCAUUUGGGACAUUCGACACUUGACGGAACCGGAGCCAUCGGUCGCACUACAAGUCGGUUGCUGCUCAAUAUGUUUGAUGAACGAGACGAACUAUCUGCCGAUUUUGAGUCCUUUCAAAUUGUUGGUACCAUGCAGGAUUUGGAAAAGCGCUAUUUGCGCCUCACAAGGGCUCCAGAACCUUCCGAGGUUCGUCCAUUAAGCGUUUUGAAGCAAUCACUGGAACAUGUUAAGCAGAAAUGGCUUUCGAAGACGGAUUAUCAUUGGGUUUGUGAACAAUUCAAAAGUAUCCGUCAGGAUCUCACAGUAAGUUCAAUCAUCGGUGCUAGAUGUUUAUUUAAUUGCUCAAACAGUCUUGCGGAACACUGA